UUUCUGUCGCCUGGCUUGUUUACUUAUUUUUGGUUUUUGCUUCAGUAAACUGUUGUUAUUUAUCGCUUUUGUCAAUAUUUUCGCUAUUAAAGUUUAAUGAUGAUAUCGAUUUGAUACUUUUUCACUUAUCUGAAUUAUGUGUCAACUGCUUCGAAUUAGUUAAUUUCAGUGUCUGAUGAAAAUUUUAAAACCGAGUGGUAUUUUUGUUUGUGCCUUUUACUCAACAUAUUACAAACUCUCCAUUGGAAACUUUCAUUAUGGUUGAUAAAUAUGGAGACUUUCUGUUGGAAAAAUUUGAAGAAUUUAAAAAGUCUAAUCAAGAAUUAACAACUCGUGUGAUUCAGCUUGAAACUGAGAAUGGUUUAACCAAUUCUAAAUUCAAAGCUCUAGAGAAAAAGUGUGUUCUUUACAAAAGGGAACGAGACUGCUAUCGAAAUUUCAUCAAAUCGUACGAAAGUGAGAUCAAUGGCGAAAAGUAUUUUGAUCUGGCAAAGGAUACAUUCAAUAAAUUGGAUAAUAAUUUGUCUAGUUAUAGAGAUUUGACGGAAACCUUGACUGGCAAAUUAAGCAAUGUGGAAUAUAAUUUGGUUAAAUCUAACAAUAAAUGUGUCUGGUUGAAAGAAGACAACGACAAAUUAAAGUUGUCUCUUGAAGCUGCAGCAAAGAAGGAAAAAGAUCUAUGUGCUCAAUUGGAUCAGAUGAAAAAGAAGUGUUCAGAUUUGGAAGAACAAUUAAAAACAUGGAAAAGCGAUCAAAAGUUCCGACCAAGUCAGCCUGAGGAUUAUAGAAUCAUUCACCUCAAAGAAAAUCCUGCAGACAAACGUAUUGCUCACAUCUGGGAACAAUAUCGAUUCCUUAAAGAAGAAAAUGCGAAGCUCACAACUCGUUUGGAGAUUAUUGAAGCUGGUCACAAUGCAGAUAUCACCAGACUUGUUAAUGAAGAUAUCAAUACUCAGCAAGAGAUAGAAUAUCUCAAAUCGUCCCUGGAAGCAUCAGAGAAGAAACGAAACAUGUUAAUGGAUGAAUUCAAACGAAGAAGCAAAGAGUUUAGAGAAGCAGUCAAUCGUUUAACUGGAUACAGAAUUGAAUUGACUUCUGCAAACACUUAUAAAGUAUCGUUUUUGUAUUCCGACAAUCCAGCUGAUUAUUUGCUUUUUAAAGCUGAAAACAGGGAAGUCGAGUUAUUGGAGACAGAUUUUUCAAAAAAUUUAACAAAUUUUAUCAAACUUUAUUUGGAGAAAUACGACAGUUAUCCUGCAUUUUUAGCAGCUUUAGCAUUAGAUAUUUUCAAGAGGAACAAUGCAGUUAUAAAUUAUGGUAUGUAACGCUUAUUUCACCGGGAAAAUUAACUUUUCACCAAAGCUUUUUGUAAUAUAUCCAAUAUAAUAGUGUAUACCUCAGGAAAAGAUUUCGUUACUUGUUUCCGUCUGAUUUCCAUCACAUAAGAUUCCAAAGUCUCUCUGUAAGAUAAAAAUACGAAUUAAUUUUCAA